AUGGCAGAUGUGGUGAAAAUUUUCAACAAUGUGGCGACUGGUGUGAAAAGUGUGAACACAAUAGUCACAACUUUUGAUAAAAUCGAUAAAUCGGUCAAAGAGAAUAAUAAGAAGAUUCUGAAGCCAAGAGUGAUUAUGGAUAUCUCCAUUUUGCAGACUAUUCUGGAGAGGCUGGAGAAUAUUGCAGUUCUUAUCAUACAGUACCACACAAGAGAUGGUGGGAAUUUAAAUAAAAAAGAAAAACAGAGAUUGGCAUUUGUUGUUGAGGAAGUGGAGUGUAUUUAUGAUCAUGCGAAGGCUCUUAUGAUGGCAAAUGCACUGUCUAGUGGCUCUACUGUCAUGAGAAUUUGA